AUGAACAUUGAGGAGUGGACAGCCAAUGCUAAUGAAUCGGUGACCCUAUCGCUUGUUGGGAAGGAUGAAAAUAACGUAGACUUUCAUCCAACCUUCACGUACCCUAUUUAUGGUAAUACCGAAUUGAUAUAUGGGUAUAAAGAUCUUUCUAUUGACAUUAAAUUGGAUAAAACGAGUUUGCUGCCAUUUGUCAAUGUUAAAUACACGGAAAAGUUACCUGAUGUUGAAAGAGCUUUUAUAGCUGCUAAAGCCAAAGAAACUGAAGAUGAUAACAAUGUUGAGGCAAACAUAGAGGACGAAGUUGACAACAGCAGCUCCACUAAUGACCCUUUAAGUCAGCUACUGAAGUUUAUGAACAAAGAAGAUACUAUAUUUACUUCGAGCGAAGACUCUGAAGAGCAUGAGGGUAAUCAAUUGAAGAAAUGGCAACAAAGUAGAAGAGAACCCUUCCAAGUGCCUGGUAUUGUUAUAAACAGUUUUUCCAUUGACACUAAGAAUGGUCCAGAGAGGUACAGCUUAUUCAAAACAGAUCUUGAAAGUGCGCGCCUCUUACAUUCAAGGCUCAGGCUUUUUGUGCUAUUAUUUAUUGAAGCUGGCUCAUACAUUGACGUUACAGAUGAUCGGUGGGAACUGUAUAUCUUGUACAAAGUCAAUAAUGAAACCUCUGUCCCAGAGGAGUUUGUUGGUUUUACUACCGUCUAUCCGUAUUUUUGGUACUCCACGGGAGUACAACAUGACUCAGAACCAGAACCAAAUGCGAUUAGAAAAAGAAUAUCUCAGUUCGUUAUCCUGCCACCCUUCCAAGGUAAACACCUUGGUGCACGCCUGUACAAUGCCUUAUUCGACCAAUUUCUCGAAGACAAGAACGUUCGAGAAGUAACAGUCGAGGACCCUAGUGAAGCUUUUGAUGACUUGCGAGAUAGAUGUGAUCUUGAACGUCUUUACAAACAGGGUAAACUAUGGCCCCAACUAAAAUUACCUCUAGAUCCAGAUUGGGUUGUUGACAUGCGAACUGAGAACAAAAUGGCACCAAGACAGUUUGAUCGGUGUCUUGAGAUGGCUUUUCUUCAACUCUUUUCUGCUGGAAAGCCUGACAAAAGAUACAGGUUAUACGUCAAGAACCGAUUGUAUAUUCGCAAUUCAGAAGCUUUAGGUGAUCUUGACAAGCUAAGCCAAAUUGACAAAUUGCAUGAAACCUAUGAGAGACUAAUUGAGGAUUACCAACGAAUUCUCAGUAAGGUGUCUUUCCAGACUGAUCGUAAAGGUAAAAAGAGGGUAUUUGAAGACUCAAACUGA